AUGCCGUUUCCACAAACCCUCGAGGCCAAGCCUCGGGUGAUAUUCUUUACCGAUUUCGACGGCACCAUCACCCUCCAAGACACCAACGACUUCAUCACCGACAACUACGGGAUGGGCUACGAGAAGCGGCGGAAACUGUUUCACGCCGUCAUCGACAAGACGGACACCUUCCGGAACACAUUCCAGCAGAUGGUGGACUCCUGGAACAUGCCGUUCCCGCGCGUCCUGGAGAUCCUGAAGGAGAACAUCACCCUGGACCCAGCGUUUCGAGAUUUUGUGCUGUGGGCCCGCGACCACAAGGUCCCCGUCAUCGUGCUGAGCAGCGGCAUGGCCCCCGUGCUGGAAGCCCUGCUGAACCACCUGCUGGGCGAAGACCUGAUGCAGGAUCUGGAGAUCGUGGCCAACGCGACGCAGCUACGGCCGCCCGGGAACUCGCUCGACGCGCCCGAUGGCUGGACGAUCCGGUACCGCGACGACUCAGGCUUCGGACACGACAAGUCUCUCACGAUCCGCCCUUACGCGGAUGCCAUCGCCAAGAUGCCCGUGCAUGAGCGACCCACGCUGCUGUAUGCGGGCGACGGCGUCUCCGACCUGAGUGCCGCAAGGGAGACGGAUCUGCUGUUCGCCCGAGAAGGCAUGGAUCUCGUGACUUACUGCGAGAAUGAGGGGAUCCCGUUCACGGAAUUCAGCGGCUGGGACAGCAUCCUCGAAGAGACCAAGGACAUCUACGAGGGCCGUAAGACGGUCAAGAAUCUCGCCGAGGAGGGUCUUAGGAGACAUCGGACCAAUUCUAUGGAGUCGAACGGGGCGGUCAAGCCCACGAUCAGAUGA